CCAGGGCUGGCUGAUUGACGGCCGCGGGUGCUUGUUGGGGGCGCGGGGCUGUUUGGCAGCGACGCGUUUUCUCCCCCGGCGGUUGUGAAGCGAGAGACUGAACGUUAGGAGCAAGAAGAGAACUGAGCGGUACUCGGGGCUGCUACCGACGAGGGCCGCCGUGACCCCAGCGGUGGCUGCUGGCCGGCCGCCCCCGGAGGAGGCGAGCGCCGCGGCGCACGAUGCGGCCCCUGGACGCGGUGGAGCUGGCGGAGCCCGAGGAGGUGGCGGUGCUGCAGCCGGAGGAGGACUUCGAGCAGUUCCUGCUGCCGGUCAUCCACGAGAUGCGCGAGGACAUCGCGGCGCUGCGCCGCGAGCACGGGCGCGCGCCCCUGCGGAACCGCGGCAAGCUGUGGGAGAUGGACAAUCUGCUCAUCCAGAUCAAGACGCAGGUGGAGGCGUCGGAGGAGAGCGCCCUGAACCACCUGCCGGGCGCCGGCGGCGCGGCCAGGCCCGACAGGGCCGACGAGAAGGCGCGCGAGGCGGCCAAGAUGGCCGAGAUGCUGGUGGAGCUGGUGCGGCGGAUAGAGCGGAGCGAGUCGUCGUGAGCGCGGCGCGGUUCCCAGGGGGCGGCCCUGGUCACGCCGAGGAAGCCGCGCGGCGCCUGCGGUCCGUUCUGCGUCUGCUCCCCCGCCCGGUGACGGCCUCCCCGGUCAGUGGUUGGUGCCCUCGUGAGGAUCCGGGUCGCCAGACGCGUCGUUUUGGAGAAAUACCAAGAGAAGUGGGGCCCCGUCAAAAGCUACUUCCGAGCCCUUGCUGGACGGUGGGCACGGCCCUGUGUGCUGGUACCGCGUGACCCGACUGCGCUGGGCUGUGGGGUCGCGGAAGCUCGGGGUUCAGCAGGAGGAAGGCCCUGCACCCUUGGUCCCGCGGGCGGACGGCGUGAGGGAGACCCUCUGCGUCGCCAGAGGAAGCCGGGGGCCUCCUGCGUGUUUGUGCGAAGGAGGGGUGGGACGCUGGCCGGGGCGGUGGGCCCAGACAGCUGGCCGCCUGCAGUGGCCCCUCCGCUGCAGGGCCUCGCAGGCCCCAGGAGCCCCGGGCGGAGGGAGGGACGGGCGUCGGCCGCGCGUGGAGCCCUGGCGCACCGGGGUGGUAGGCGUGGCGGAGCCGGGCGUGGCGGAGCCGGGCCUAGCAGGCGUCGGUUCACCUCGUCAGGAGGAGGUCUCUCCAGAGAGCAGGUUUCUCGCGGAGGUGGUGAGAGCCCUGCGUGGUAAUAAAGGAAUCGCGCGCUC